AUGGUUGAUUUCUUCUCUAUUUUACACCACUUUCCAUCAUGGUUCCCAGGAACCUAUUACUACAACUUUGCGCGAGAACGGCGAUGGUCGAUUGACAACCUGUACAGCCAACCGUAUGAGCAUGCUCAAGGCAGCGCCUGGCCUUCAUUUCUUCUCAAACAACUGGAGGCGGUCUCUGGGAGGACUCUUACAGAUGAAGAAGUAAGUGACAUCAAGGGGUCUGCGGCGGUCAUCUUUGGUGCUGGUGCGGAGACCACAUGGACCAGUCUGGAAACAUUUCUCCUGGCUUUACUGCACUACCCAGAGGUGCAGAAGAAGGGACAAGAGGAAAUUGACCGUCUUGUGGGGUCUGACCAGCUCCCGACGUUUGACGAUUACGAUGCAUUGCCGUACGUUGGGUGUGUCACUCAAGAGAUAUUGAGAUGGCGUCCAACUGUUCCCAUCGGCCUACCCCAUCGCUUGAUGGAGGAUGAUAUUUAUAAAGGCAUGUUCAUCCCAAAAGGCUCUGUUGUCUUUGCCAAUGCCUUGGGGAUGGCUUUAGACGAGAAUAUUUAUGCAGAACCCACUAAAUUCAAUCCCGAUCGUUUCUUGCCAAAGUCCGGGGGCGGAAAUGAAGAACCUUAUCUGGGUGCCACCUUUGGAUUCGGGCAAAGCAGGAUAUGUCCAGGAAGACAUCUCGCGACAGCCAGUAUAUGGAUCGCGGUUGCCACACUCUUCGCCACUGUUGAUAUUACCAAAGCAAAGGACGAGAAUGGUGAUGAAAUCUUGCCUGAGAUUCACUUCCAGACAGGACUCACUAGGCAAGCAAAUCUUUGA